AGCCUUUGAGAGAGAGAGAGAGACCACCACUCACCGGAAAACCACCUAACUCAGACCCCGUUUUCUAAAUCAUAAGGUCGUUGAUUUCUCGCAUAUUCACAAAACAGCCCCGGGAAUCCUGGGAAAAUCCAGAAGAACAGAGGAGAAAUUUGGGGGAUAAGCAAUGGAUUUCUGGUCUCCGUCUGUCUCUUCAGAUAAUGAGUUGGAGAAGUUUGUCAUCAGAAUGAACCCUCCCAAGGUAACGAUUGAUAACACAUCGAGCAGGAAAGCAACCCUAGUGAAGGUUGAUAGUGCAAAUAAGAGAGGAAGCUUGUUGGAAGUAGUUCAGGUUUUGACAGAUUUGGAUCUUUUAAUUCGUCGAGCUUACGUUUCCUCUGACGGCGAAUGGUUCAUGGACGUGUUUCAUGUGACUGAUAAGAAUGGAAAUAGGGUGAUGGAGGAGGACAUAGCAGAAACAAUUCAGCAGUCUCUCGGGCCACGGACUUGUAGCUUCAGGGCUCGGAAUAGAUCGGUUGGGGUUCAAGCCAUUUCAGAGAACACUUCAAUCGAAUUGACGGGAAGAGACAGACCAGGCUUGUUAUCGGAUGUUUUUGCUGUCUUGACCGAUAACAACUGCAAUGUCGUGGCAGCGGAAGUAUGGACUCACAACUCAAGAAUGGCAUCGGUUGUUUACAUCACAGACGAGACCACAGGGUCUGUAAUUGACGAUCCUGAUCGGAUUGCUAAGAUCAAGCAGCUCUUGCUCUACGUUCUUGAAGGAAACCGAGACAAGAGGAUAGCAAAUACUGCUGUCUUGAUGGGUUCGACCCACAAGGAAAGGAGACUCCAUCAGAUGAUGUACGAUAACCGUGACUACGAUAUGACUAACCUGGAUGUCGGGUCGACGAGUGAAAGGAGGAAACCCGUUAUAACAGUGGAGAAUUGCACCGACAAGGCUUACACAGUCGUUAACCUGAGGUGUAUUGAUCGGCCUAAACUCUUCUUUGACGCAGUCUGUACAUUGACAGAUAUGCAAUAUGUGGUGUAUCACGCCACUGUCAUAGCUGAGGGUCCAGAGGCCUAUCAGGAGUACUACAUCAGGCAUGUCGAUGGUGGUCCUGUAAGUUCGGAAGCCGAGAGACAGAGGCUGAUACAUUGCUUGGAAGCAGCCAUAAAGAGACGAACUUCAGAGGGCAUAAGACUAGAGCUAUGCGGGGAAGACAGAGUGGGACUUCUUUCAGACGUGACUCGUAUAUUCAGAGAGAACGGUCUGUCAGUGACGAGAGCCGAGGUGACAACGAGGGGUUCUCAAGCCGUGAAUGCUUUCUACGUCACAGAUUCAUCUGGGAAGCCGGUUAAGAGCCAAACAAUAGAGACAGUGCGAAAUCAGAUCGGAAGGACCGUUCUUCGGGUGAAAGACGAAGGCUUUUCGGGUUCCCCGGGAACACAACAGGAGACAGGGAAGUUCUCGUUGAGCAAUCUCUUCAAGUCAAGGUCUGAGAAGUUUCUUUAUAACCUGGGUUUGUCAAAGUCAUUUUCUUGAGGGUUUCUCUUUAGGGUUUCCAUUCUAAGAUCUAAGAUCUCUUCCCAAGGCUUUGGAUUUGGUUGUGUUUGUAAAGUAAUUGGGGUUUGUGGUUGAUUGGAGUUGGUCAUGGGGUUAUUAUUGCUG